CUUUGUUGCCCGCUUUCGUUCGCUGUCGAAUGGUGGAAGCAAACUGGGAAUGGGAGGAGGGAGCAAGUAAAAAAAGUCAGUACACUCCAGUCACAUCGCUGCGUCGAAGUCAAUCGUGGAGCGGGAAGGACAAUACACGUCGUCACGACGUUCCUCUGCCGCCGCCUUCAAGAUGUCUGUUAGCACACACUAAAAGAAAUCAGGACUCCAAGAAUCCCAGCAUGCUGCAGCACUUGCGCCAAAAGCUGCGACGGGACAAAAAGGGCCUUGACAAAAAGAGCUCCGCCGCGUCCCGUCUAGAAGCGACCGUCGUCGACCACCGACUCAGCUCCUCGGUGCCCGACAUGCGGGACCUCAAACAGGAUGUCUAUCACAAAGCUUCCUCCUCCGUUUACCUCCGCAAGAGUCUGAAUCCUUGCAAUAGCAGCCCUAGCACACCACUGGCCCAUCCUGCCCGACAAGGUGGCUUAGGGGGAGGAGCAGGUGUCGCCACAGGGAGUGAGCACACACUUUGCGUGCCUGCAGACUGCCCCGACUGGACGUCAUCACAGGAGUCGUUCAACAGCACGUACAUGGAAGACUGCUCCAUGGAGUGGCGACGACACUCGGCCCGAGGAGGAGGCGGCGGCGGAAUGGAGGCUGAUGAACUGGGCCUACCUGAGGUCAUGACCGUUUACAGCUCGGAUGCCAAUGCUGGUGGGGACGACGGCUCGCAGUGUGACAUGGAAGCUCCAAGCAACUUCGAGGGCAGCAGAGAGUCUCUCAGUUCCUUCUUACUCACCAUCAACCUGAAGGAGGGACGCAACCUGGUCAUCAGGGACCGCUGCGGCACUAGCGACCCAUAUGUGAAGUUCAAGCUGGAGGAUAAGACCAUCUACAAGAGCAAAUGGAUCUACAGGAAUCUGAACCCCGUGUGGAGUGAGAACUUCUCCUUCCCGGUCCGGAACCUCAGCCAGUGGCUCUACGUCAAGGUGUACGACCGUGACUUCACCACAGACGACUUCAUGGGCUCGGCCGGCAUCUUUCUUAGUGACCUGGUUCUUGACAAGGUGCACGAGCUGUGCCUAAGACUGGAUGACCCUAACAGCCUCGAGGACGACAUGGGUGAAAUUCUGCUGGACAUUACCCUCACACGCCGAGACGGCGACAGUCGACGAGGACCACGCUGGCCACAAAUCCGAAAACGCAGUAGUCGGCAGAGCUCGCGACUAUCCGACUCGCUGAGGAAGAGUCAGUUGUGGACUUCGGUGGUGACGGUGACGCUGGUGGAGGGUCAGGAUGUUCCCGUGAUGGACUCUUGCAAUGGAGAGCUCUUCGUCCGCUUCCGGCUAGGGGAGCAGCAAUACAAGAGCAUGAAUGUCGCCAAAGUGCCUAGGCCUCAAUGGAGAGAGAGAUUCAACAUGAACAACUUCUUAGAGAGUGGCCACAUCCUCGAAGUGGAACUCUGGUCCAAAGAGGGCCGACGAGCCGAGGAAUGUUUGGGAUCGUGCACGGUGGAUCUUUCCGAAGCGCCUCCAGAUGAAAGGGUGCUUUUCAAGCUAACUCUGGACUCGAGUCGAACAUGUCUGGUCAUACUGGUCAGGGUCAGUGCAUGCAACAGGGUCUCCAUAUCGGACCUCUGCAUGGCGCCACUGGAUGAGCCGACUGAGCACCAAAACCAGCUGGACAACUAUAGCCUUCGGAGGUCCUUGAAGAACCUGAGCGACGUAGGCUUUCUCCAAGUCAAAGUCAUCAAGGCAUGCGACCUUCUUUCUGCCGAUCUAAACGGCAAGAGCGACCCCUUCUGCGUCUUGGAACUCUGCAACGACAGACUACAGACGCACACGGUCUACAAAAGCCUCCAGCCUGACUGGAAUAAAGUUUUUACCUUUCCUGUCAGAGACAUCCACGAAGUCCUGCUGGCGACCAUCUUUGACGAAGAUGGAGACAAAGCUCCAGACUUCUUGGGAAAAGUGGCCGUUCCUCUGCUCUCGAUCCGCGGGAGGCGGCAGAUCACCCUGCCAUUAAAGAAGGAGGACCUAGGCGGCCUCAGCAAAGGAAACAUCACACUUGAGCUGGAGAUCAUUUUUAAUCCCGUCCGCGCCAGCAUAAGAACAUUCCAGCCACGGGAGAGGAAAUUCAUGGAAGACAAUCCCAAAUUUUCCAAAAAGGCUUUGACAAGAAACGUGCAACGAGUGCAGGCGCUCUACCGGGCCAUCAAGUCCACGAUGUUGUACGUUAAAAGCUGCUUUAAUUGGGAAAGUGUCCAGAGGAGCCUACUGGCCUUCGUGGUCUUCCUGUUGACAGUUUGGCACUGGGAAUUCUACAUGCUGCCGCUCAUUAUGGUUCUGCUCAUAUCAUGGAACUACUUUCAGAUUCGCUCCGGCCGUGUUAGUCAAGACCUGAGCAGUAUGGAUGUUGGUGAUGAAGAGGAGGAGGAUGACAAGGAGUCUGAGCGUCGAAGUCUGAUGGAGAAGAUCCACAUGGUGCAGGACAUCGUCAUCAGGCUUCAAAAUUUCCUGGAUGGAGUGGCCAACUUCGGCGAGAGGAUUAAAAACACCUUCAACUGGUCCGUGCCCUUCCUGUCCAGCUUAGCUUUGCUGGUGUUCGUCUUGGCAACCAUCAUCACAUAUUACAUCCCGGUGCGCUACAUCGUCUUGAUAUGGGGUAUCCACAAAUUCACCAAGCGAUUGCGCAACCCUUACGCCAUUGACAAUAAUGAGCUUCUGGACUUCCUCAGCAGGGUGCCUUCAGAUGUGGAGAAGGUGCAGUAUAGCGAGCCAAAAGGUUUCAAGAAAAAGAAGACAUAAACUGACAUCUUCCUCCAUUUGUUAAGUUGGAACCUUUUUUUGUACUCCGUACUUUUAAAUACUUUUAAGUACUGAAACCAUACAACUCCAAAGGACAUACUGGUUUACUUUUCGUAUAUUUUACUUCUGGAUAUGUUACUUGGACAUUUUACAUAUGGAUAUACCAUAUACUUGUAUAUAUGAAUGCAUACAUUAUUUAUUGUUGCCCAGGUUUCUUAAAGCAAUAAAUGCUCACACCAAGUGAAGCGUCUUUUCUCUUGAUGAUGGCAGGCAUCCAUCGUCCCCCUACGCCUCUUACCUCGGGCGUCGUCAUUAGCAACGGGACCCAACUGACCUCUGCGCAGCUGCUAUGACACCCGCACCACCCCAAUCCCAAUCCCGAUUCAAAUUCCAAUUCACCAAAUGAAAACAUGGUGCUAGCGCCUGACAGAAACAAAUUAAAUACAGCUUGAAACAUAGAGUUUCGAAACAGGAAAAAGAGUCUUGAUUUUAUGACAACAAAAUCCUAAUAUAUUGGGUGAAGUGAUAAUUUAAGAAAAAUCAAGUUAGAACCGACUCAUAGUUUAAUUAAAACUUAAACAGAAGUUGUGAUUAAUAAUGACAAUAUGGGGAAAAGUUAUUCCUUGAAUGAAGAUGUGAGAUUGUGGGGAAAAUUUUAGUAUUUAACAAGAUAAUUAGUUGUUUUUAUUUUUUUUUAAAGGUGUAGUUUUUUUUAGAAAUGAAGCUGUAUAAUAAUUUUAACCUUUUCAGGGACUGUGGAAAGCUAUUUAAAUAAUAUUUUGAUAAUUAUUUAUUUAACCCUUAAUAGGGGUAGUUUUGGGUCAUUAUUAUUUUAAAUAUUAGCAGUUAUUAUUUUUCUAUUUUUUAAAAAUGAUUAAUCAUUGCAUUUUAUCCCCUUUUUUAAAUUUAAAUAUAAACACCUAUAUAAAUUAAUACAAUGUUAAUAAAAGCUAAUUCAUGAAAUUAUAAUGAAUAAAAAGAAACUCUGGUUAAAGUCCCAAGUAACACUCUAAAGUAGAUUUUUAUUUUUACAUAAUAUUGAACUCUUUGCAUGCCAUUGACGGUGCCAGACGUCCAAUUGGUUUGAACUGGGAAGACUGGCCGUUUAGGUUAAGGACCAUUGAUGGUGGUAGAUGUUCAUUUGCUUCUCCCAGUUUAAAUAGAUUGGACGUCUAGUGCCGUCAAUGGCAGCCGAUGAGUAAAAUGAGUGGGGGGGAAAAAGUCAUGAUUCAUGCAUGAAAGGUUUAAAUUUCUUGAAAACAAUAUAUUUUUUUUACAACAUUGCCACCAUAAUAUGAAAAGUAAUCACGAAGAAUAUUUUGAUUUUCUUAACACUCAGGUGACUUAAAGUUCCGCUCUGAGACCCCCAAUUUGGCCAAAUUUAAAAAUUGUCCUAUAUGCAUGUGUGAUACAUCAUUGGAAAGGUUAAAAUCUCAAUUUUCUGGGGGAGGAAAAAAUUUGAACAGGAGGAUAUUUUUGGGGAAAAAAAAAAAAAAAUGAAACCCCUAAACCCUAACUCGAGGUGAGAGCAUGAGAGAGCAUAAUUAAAGACGCCAUGAUUUAACUAAAUAUUAUUGCGCACUUACCUUGUUUCGAUCCAAAAACUCGUGUAGCAUAUUUCACGGAGUGUCAAGACACAGUUGUGAAUGGCCACAGCCGGACUUUUUGGGGAUUUUAGGGGUGAAACACGGUGAUAUAACAAGGGUCGCAAAGCAGAAAUUGCAGACAUCAAAGAGUGGUCGAGAUUUUCUUUUUUAAAUAAUUACCCUUUUAAACGUUUUUUUCCCCCCAGUUUUUCUUUAUUUGGAUCGAUUAUUUAUCAUCUAAAAUAUCGGGGAAAUGCAACAGUCACAAAAAAAACACAAUUAAGCGAUAGUUAUUAGCAGUGUUGCGAAUAACGCCGUUAUAAAUAACGCCGUUACAUAACGGCGUUAUUUUUUCAGUAACGGGGUAAUCUAACUUUUUUUCCGCCGUUACCGUUACUGACAGUCAAAAGCGGUGCGUUACUUACUUUGAAUAAAUUGAAGAAAUUACCAGCCGUAGCGAGUCUACCCUGCUCUGUUUAUUUGUCAUCCAAGACUUUGGGUGCGUUCAGGUUCAUGGCAAUGAAAAUAGUAAACACACAUAGCCUACCUUUGGAAGAACGAUGGACUUGCCGUUUGAUACGGUCAUAAUGUGCAGGUCCUGCACCCAUCCGCAGCAAAACUGUUCAUAGCUUUGUAGCGAUUUGUAAUUUCGGAAUCGCUGAUGAGUUUAGUAACAUACACCAAACAAUAAAUACAGCAGAAUGUUAAUUGUGGAAGCCCGUCGACAUCUUUACUCCAUUUGUCUUUGGCUUGCUCAUAAGGGUCAACAUUGUUCAGAUUCUUAAGUUUGAUCACAUAUCUGUUCUUUGCCUUAGUAACGAGUUUGUCUCUUUAUCGAACUGGCAAGUUAAAGUUUAAUGUCAGCGGGCCAGACCUGCUUCCAAUAUGGCUGCGUUGUUGUCAGAUCUCACGUGAUCCCCCAUUCUGUGACGUAAAGACUCGCGCCUAAUAGCGCACGUAUAUGUGUAUUUGAUGUUAAUAAAGUUUGUUUUAAAAAAAAUAAAAAAUAAAAAUUCAGAGCCAGUGUUUUCACACACAAACCGGAACAGCUCGUGUGGCAAACACACACACGCAAAAGCAUUUAGAGGAAAAUUUGUCCUUUACGAGGUAGAGAUAUAAAUACUAUUUCAAGUUGGUCGAAAUUAAAGGAAAGAACGUGCAUGUAAAUUGAUGUCCCGGGGCAAAGCUUUUGUCGACAUCUGUGGUAAGCAAAUCAAAUCUGUUUAUUUUUGUUGCACUUCAAGUGUAGGAUAAAUCUGUUUCUGGUGAGGUGCAAUAAAUAUUACAAGGUUCUAUAACACAACUACCUAUCUGUUCUUCUCUAUUCAACUGACUCGAAUACUGCUCAGAAAAUUUCAAAUUAUUUGACAUACAACAACUUCAUUUUAAAGUAACGGAAAUAGUUACUUUCCCUGGUAACUAGUUACUUUUACUAUAGAGUAAUUCAGUUACUAACUCAGUUACUUUUUGGAAGAAGUAGUGAGUAACUAUAACUAAUUACUUUUUUAAAAUAACAUGCCCAACACUGGUAGUAAGUAUGUAUUUAUUCAGUUACUUUUUGGAAGAAGUAGUGAGUAACUAUAACUAAUUACUUUUUUAAAAUAACAUGCCCAACACUGGUAGUAAGUAUGUAUUUAAAAAUAAAUGAAUAAAACACACUUUUGCGCUUCGGUGUGGAAGGUAUUUUUCCUAACUUUUCAUAACUAAUUACUUUUUUAAAGUAACGUGCCCAACACUGGUUAUGAGGUAGAUAUCUGUGAUCCAUUUGCAAACGCUAUUUUUUUCAUUGUGACAUAAUUUGUUUAUGUGAGUGAAUAAUUUUAAUAUAAUUUUUUUUGUUUGUUUUUUUGUUUUUUUAAACUAAAUAUUAGACAUCAAUUAAUGAUUCUAAGCUAACAAUGAAAGACAUUUUGAAUGGUAUGAAUGAAAUGUAAUUACCUUUUUAUGGCUGGGUUAAAACAAAAGCGGUUGCGCGGUGCCUGUAAAAGGGGGUCUCCAGGGUAAAACGGAAAAAUCAAAAAGUUUGGGGGCUUAAUGCGCCAUGAAAUUGCUAUGGUAGCAUAUAGACAUAUUGUUCUAUCAAACACAACAGUUCUUUUGGCUUAAAAUACAGCAGUUUAUUUUAAAGAGGGGUGCAAGACCAGAAACUGCCUUUCAGCCUUGUCUGUGUUUGCCGCCAU